AUGCCCAAUCACGCUGGCCACGGUUUCUGGAGUGCCUGGCCUAGGGGAGAAGUUGUCUGUUGCUGUAUGUUCUCCUCCAUUGGCGCGCAUGGACCCACCACUGAUCUGGCAUCCCAGCGAGAUGAACAAGUGGGUGUGUAUGGCAUGUUGUUCACACGCGUUCCCAAAUAUGAGGAACUCAAAGUGAGCGAACAGGAGCUGUACCAUUUCAGCAAAGACCUCUAUAAUGAGUCUGCACGCAAGGAUGGCAAGUCAUUGUAUUUCGCCAAAUCAGGCACGUCAGGGGAGACCUGGGUCCCUCUCAUCGAAAAGGCCUACGCCAAAUUACACAGCAACUAUUCGCAUCUGGUUGCUGCUCUGGCUCCCUUGGCAGCCAGCCAAUUGCAUCAUUGUUUGCCUCUGCACCACUAA